AUGACUAUAUUCUGCCAGAUGAUUCUGAACAUAAAACAUAUCCUGUGGUUAUAUUUUCUCUGUGAAGCUGCAACUGCAACAGCCUCCAACACGUUAUCGAUAAUCAGGCCAGUCACUGGGUCCCUCUCAGGGAAGGUAAAUCUUCCUUGCUUCUUCUCUACCAUCCCAACCACAGCACCAGUCAUUAGUCCUAAUGGAACGGCCAUUUAUACCCAAGAUUACUUGCGUAUCAAAUGGACCAGAAUAGAGGGAGAAGUAGAAUCAACGGUGCUGGUGGCACAAAAUGGUGUCAUCAAGAUAGGUGCCAGCUACAGGAACCGCGUAUCAGUGCCCAGUCACCCUGAGGAUGUGGGUGAUGCCUCAUUGACAGUGGUCAAGCUACGUGCCAGUGAUGCAGGCACUUAUCGCUGUGAGGUCAUGUACGGCAUUGAAGACACCCAAGACAUAGUUAACCUCAAUGUCAACGGUGUUGUCUUUCAUUAUCGGGCAAGCACUGACAGAUACAAUUUAGACUACCAGAAGGCCGUCCAGGCUUGCCAAAACAUUGGAACAUCCAUCGCUACAUAUGAUCAACUGAAAGCAGCCUAUGAGGAUGGCUUUGAUCAGUGUGAUGCAGGCUGGAUUGCAGACCAGACAGUGAGAUACCCAAUUACAGUGCCAAGGAAGGGGUGUUUUGGCAACCUAAAGACUACACCUGGCAUUAGGUCAUAUGGAACCAGGAAACCUACAGACACCUAUGAUGUAUACUGUUAUGUCGACAAACUUGAUGGUGAAGUGUAUUAUGCUCCUGUGACCCGUAAGAUGACUUUUGAGGAAGCAAAUGAGGAGUGUAAGAAGAGGAAUGCUGUUCUGGCAAACCCUGGUCAGCUUCACGCAGCCUGGCGACAGGGCCUGGACCGAUGUGAUUACGGGUGGCUCUCUGAUGGCAGUGCACGACAUCCUGUUGCCGUACCCAGAAUGCAGUGUGGGGGAGGCCUUCUCGGCGUCAGGACCAUGUAUCGCUACAGAAACCAGACUGGCUUCCCACAACCAACUACUAAGCUUGGAGCUUACUGUUUUAAAGGACUUAACUCCUGUGCAGAGAACAUUUGUCUGAAUGGAGGAUCUUGCUACAAGACUGGCAGCAUUCUUAAAUGUAGCUGUGCUCCUGGUUACAGCGGUGAUCACUGUGAAACAGAUAUUGAUGAGUGCCAUUCGAACCCCUGCCGCAAUGGAGGUACAUGUGUGGAUGGGCUGGCUUCCUUCUCUUGUGUGUGCCUCCCUAGCUACUCUGGGCUGUACUGUGAGGAGGAUACGGAAACAUGUGACUAUGGCUGGCAUAAAUUUCAGGGCCAUUGCUACAAGUAUUUUCCUAACAGAAGAAAUUGGGACACAGCUGAGAGAGAGUGUCGCAUACAGGGGGCUCACCUCACCAGCAUCGUCUCCCAUGAGGAGCAACUGUUUGUCAAUCGUCUUGGACAGGACUACCAGUGGAUUGGCCUAAAUGAUAAGAUGUUUGACAGCGACUUCCGCUGGACUGACGGCAGCCCCAUGCAAUAUGAAAACUGGAGGCCCAACCAACCUGACAGCUUCUUCUCAUCUGGUGAGGACUGCGUAGUGAUGAUCUGGCAUGAGGAUGGCCAGUGGAACGACGUUCCUUGCAACUACCACCUCACCUUCACUUGCAAGAAGGGCACAGUGGCAUGUAGCCAGCCCCCUCUGGUGGAGAAUGCACGCACCUUUGGUAAGAUGCGACAGAGAUAUGAGAUCAACUCACUGGUGAGGUACCAGUGCAGCACAGGCUUUAUUCAGAGGCACGUCCCAACUAUCCGUUGUCGUGGGGAUGGACGGUGGGAUAUACCUAAAAUCACUUGCAUGAACCCAUCGAGCUAUCAAAGGACCUACAUUAGGAGACAUCAGCACAAUAGUCUUUACAGCAUCAACAACUUAAAGCAAUGGCCAGGUGAGGCCUUACGCUUCCGCCAUCAGCGCCACAGGGGCCGGAGAGACAGGACUGAACAUAAGCGGAAGAGACAGUGAUUGCCAUGCACUGUAACAUGGCACAGCUUCCCCUGAGAUGAGAACACAUGGCUGUCACUUGUGUGGAAAAAGGAAUAGGAUUCUCAAAGGAAAAGCACAAGAGAAAACUCAUCAAAGAAAGCAAGAGGAUAACUUGCUGUUUUCUUGUAUUUUGGAUGGAAUCUUGAACUGAAGUGUCUU